AUGAGUAGUUUAACGUCUUUAUAUUUAUAUGGUAACCAACUCACAGGGAAAGUGCCUUGUCGUGCAUCAUCUUCCUCCUUAACAGACUUAGAUCUUUUUGGUAAUAUUUUUAAUGGUACCAUUACCCAAUGCAUAGGAAGCCUUUCCAAACUCAAAUAUUUGUAUCUUGGUUCAAAAAACUUUGAAGACAUAAUCAUUGAAUCCCGUUUCUCUAAUCUUUCUCAAUUACAAGAGUUAUACUUAUCUUCCAACCCAGGCAUCUCCUUCAAUAUCAGUUUAGGAUGGAAUCUUCCUUUUCAACUGACAUAUGUAUCUUUAGCGGACUGCAAAGUGGGUCUACAUUUUCCCACAUGGCUUAGAACACAAACGAGAUUAGAGGAUCUUGAUAUCUCUAAUGCUGAAAUUUCAGGCACCUUCCCUGAUUGUUUUUGGGAGUCAAGUCCAAAAUUAUGGAUUUUAAAUGUAUCACAUAACAAUUUUCUUGGUGUCCUUCCAGAUUUGUCACUAAAGUUCUCUACUUUUGAUUCGAUAGAUCUGAGCUUUAAUCAUUUCGGUGGUUCUUUACCAAUUUUGCCUCUGAAUGGAUAUUUUAAUGUCUUAUAUUUACUUGAUAACCAACUCAAAGGGAAAGUGCCUUGUCCUACAUUAUCUUCCUCGUUAACAGACUUGGUUUUUUCUUAUAAUAUGUUUAAUGGUACCAUUACCCAAUGCAUAGGAAGCCUUUCCAAACUCGAAGCUUUGUUUCUUCGUUCAAACAACUUUGAAGACAUAAUCACUGAAUCUCAUUUCUUUAAUCUUUCCAAUUACAAGAGUUGUACUUGUCUUCCAACCCAGCUAAAGUUCUCUACUUUUGAUUCGAUAGAUCUGAGCUUUAAUCAUUUCAAUGGUUCAUUACCAAUUUUGCCUCCGAAUGGAUCUGUAGUGGAUUUAUCGAGUAACAAAUUUUAUGGGUCAAUUAUCAAUUUAUACAAUGAAACUGAUUGCUAUUGGGAAUAUCUUGAUCUCUCGAAUAACUUACUCUCUGGACAGCUUCCAAAUUGUUUUUCAAGCCUACCAUAUUUCAAGCGCGUAAACAGUUUCACCGGAGAAAUUCCAACGUCGUUGAGGAAUUGUACUUCCUUGACUUUUAUUGAUCUUUCCCAAAAUAAGUUGAUUGGUAAUAUACCUAUAUGGAUGGGAGAUACUUGGACUAAAUUGGUCUUCCUCAGUCUUAGGUCCAAUGAGUUCUUUGAGUUUGAUAGGGCAUUUCAUCUUCUAUACUAUGGAGGCUUCGAGAGUGCAUUUGUAACAUGGAAAGGAAAGGAGGCCGAGUACAUAAAUACUCUUAAUUUGGUCAAACUCGCUGAUCUUUCAAGCAACAAUUUAGUAGGUGAUGUUCCUAAUGAAAUUACCAGUCUUGUAAUGGUAGUUGGAUUGAACCUUUCAAUAAAUAACCUAUGUCGAUUCCUUCCUACAAAUAUUGAACGACUAAGGACUUUGGAUUUUCUUGAUUUUUCGAGAAACCGUUUCUCUGGUGGUAUUCCUACUAGUGUUUCUCAGUUAAAUCAACCUAGAGUGUUAUAUUUGUCAUACAAUAACUUCGUGGGCAAAAUUUCACAAAGCAUUCAUUUACAAACUUUCAAUGCUUUUGCAUUCGAGGGAAAUCUUGUACUUUGUGGCCUUCCACUUACAAAAGCUUGUCCAGGAGAUGAAAUUUCUCAAAUCCCAAAGACCAAUGAUAAUGCUAAUGGGAUGAAAACCCCAAAAGAUGAGGACAACCUUAUCAAUGAUGGAUUUUACAUUAGUAUGGCAAUUGGUUUUAUUUUUGGAUUUUGGGGAGUGUGUGGAACUUUAAUGUGCAAUAACUCGUGGAGCAUUGCAUUUUUCAAGUUGUGGAAUAGCGUAAUGGAUUGGUUGUCCUUAAAGAUAGCUAUCAAUGUGCUUGCUUUUCAAUUGUAUCUAGUUGUAUUACAUUUACAGUUGUACGAUGUAAUACAUAUACGUGCUAAGGAAAUAUUUGUGUAUUUUGUGAAUCCUUGUAAUUUAUGA